AUGUCCCAAACGCGCUGGUCAGCUAGAGUGGACUGCAUUAAGCCAUUCGCAACCCACUUUCCUGAUAUAAUCAAAUCAGUAGCUGAUAUAAGGAACCUAAAUUUGUCUAUAGAAAAUCGUGCUGAUCUAAAUGGGAUUAUUUCAUAUAUGGAAUCGUUUGAAUGCAUUCUGAUGUCCGCUAUAUGGUUCAAAGUACUUACUGCUAUCAAUUACACCAAUCUUGUUUUGCAAGCACGGAAUGCUACAUUGGAUGUAGAAGUGACCAACAUCAAACGACUAAUUGAUGAAUUAAAAACUCUUCGAGAUAAAUGGGAUUCUAUUAUGGUGGAGAGUAAAUUAGUUGCAAACACCUUAAACAUUUCUCAAGAACUUCCAGAACCUAGACGAAAAAUUAGGAAGCGAUUUGCUGAUGAGACACCUGAUGAAAUUUCUCUAUCAAAUUCUGAAAAUUAUUUUAAACAAAACGUUUUUUAUAUAUUAUUGGACUGCAUUAUAGGGAAUAUCAGUAGACGAUAUGAAGCUGCAUAUGAAAUUGACAAAACUUUUAACUUUCUCUGGAAGUAUAAUCAUUACGAAGAGGAAGAAAUUUGCCGAAGGAGUAAGGAUUUUGUGAAUAAAUACAAGGAUGAUGUUUCCAUGGAGCUGAUUGAUGAGCUUUUGCAUUUGAAAUUUAUCCAUGAUGUUAACAUCAAAAAUGAUUUGGACCCUUUUCUUCUUCUCAAUAAAAUCAACGAACUGAAACUUAUAUGUCUUUUCCCCAACAUUUGUAUUGGCCUGAGAAUUUUUUGUACAUUACCAGUUACGGUAGCACAAGCUGAACGGUCUUUUAGCAGACUGGCGCUUAUAAAAAAUGAUCUAAGAUCAACAAUGACGUAA